UAAAUCGGGAACUAAUUUUCUUUCUUUGUGCAAAAUAUUAUUGCGACUAAGAUAUUGUUACGAGAGAAGGUUGAACGGAGGAAGAAUUUAGCGCAAGAAUUUCGAUUCAUCGAGGAUACCACGAUGACCCAAUGGAGACAGAAUAGAAAUAAUAUGUAUAAAGUAAUCAAGAUAUUACUACCUUUGAAAACUAUAACACAGAAUUGUAGGUAAAGAAUCAAUUCUGUUAAUCCAAAUAUGUAUUCCGGUGAUCGAGAAUCGUAUUAAAAACGAAAGUAGAAAAAAUUAGCUUUUCGUUCUAAAGCAGCGCGAUGUCAGGAUCGAUAUCAGAAAUCCACCGAUCUACUUCUGUUCAAACUCACCAAGAAUAAAGUAAUUACGAUAUCGGAGAAAUUCAGCUGUCACGUAAUUCACAUAUAAUAGAUCGGCCUUAAAGCGCUUAAACAGCAGCCUGUCCCAACCUGUCCAACCAACAAUUCAAACUCACCGGGAAUUCCGCGAGACUCCAUCUCAGAAAAAAAGUCUAAAAUAAACGUCACAGCUACGUCAGGUGUCUAGCACUGGAAACGACUCAUACGCAUAUCGGGGUACCGAUGUCGGGUAUCCGCAUAACAGUGGAAUCCACGGUGGUCAACAGUGGGGAUGACUUGGACGACGAAGAAAACGAAACUGUUGCCUAAGGAGAGGGACGUUUCGGAGUGGCGUGGGGAGGUUUACACGACAGCGAUCGCCCUGUUGGUUUCGUCCACGUGGGCCGAGGAGAAGACGUCUGAGAAAGCAGAAGCUUCGGUGGAAGACAAUUCCACGAAAAAACAAGAGAAACGCGGCCUGUUGGGUCUCGGUUACGGUUACAGCUACGACGGUGGUUAUGACAUCGGAUCUGGUGGACACGGUGGUCUGGAAUUAAGCGGCAGCGGCUAUGGCGGUGGCUAUGGUGGCUAUGGUAGCUAUGGUGGCUACGACGGUGGACACGAACACGUCAAGACCGUGACCGUUGUUAAGAACGUAGCUGUUCCAUAUCCCGUGGAGAAACACGUGCCUUACCCCGUGGAGAAACCUUACCCAGUCCCUGUGAAGGUUCCAGUACCGCAACCGUACCCAGUGGAAAAGCCUUAUCCAGUCAAGGUCCUCGUCAAGGUUCCAGUACACGUACCCCAACCGUACCCCGUGGAGAAGAAGGUUCCAUAUCCGGUUCACGUACCCGUCGAUCGCCCAUACCCCGUCAAAGUUUUGGUUCCACAGCCUUACCCCGUGGAGAAACACGUACCAUAUCCGGUAAAGGUACCAGUGCCACAACCGUAUCCAGUCGAGAAACCAGUCCCAGUGCCGGUCAAAGUUCCGGUCCAUGUACCAGCCCCCUAUCCAGUGGAAAGAUUGGUUCCGGUGAAGGUUCCUGUUGAUCGUCCGAUCCACGUGCCAGUACUCAAACCCUACCCCGUGCACAUCGACAGGCCAGUACCCUAUCCAGUGGAAAAACCAGUGCCAGUCGCAGUCAAAGUACCAGUCGACAGACCGUAUCCAGUUCCGGUGGAGAAGCCAGUCGCUGUCCCGGUAAAGGUGCCGGUACCACAGCCGUAUCCGGUCGAGAAGCCAGUACCUUACCCCGUGGAAAGGCCAGUGCCGGUACCAAUACCCGAACCAAUCCCUAUCGAACGAAAAAUUCCAGUAGCAAUAAAAGUACCGGUACACGUGCCUCAACCGUAUCCUGUCGAAAAAGUGGUACAUUAUCCUGUAAAAAUCGAGGUGGAACAACCGAUACCGAUACCGGUACCUAAACCAUAUCCUGUGCUAGUUUCCAAGCCUGUCCCUUAUCCCGUUGAUAAACCAGUACCUGUACCUGUGACAGUUAAGGUACCAAGACCUGUACCUGUAACUGUUGAUAAACCUAUCCCUGUGAAAGUGAAGAUUCCGGUACCAGCACCAUAUCCUGUGGAAAAGGAGGUACCUUAUACCGUGGAAAAACCGGUGCCUGUGCUGGUGAAGGUACCAAUUCAUAGACCUAUACCUGUCCACGUGACGAAACCUGUGCCUUACUCUGUUGAGAAGCCUGUUCCCUAUGCUGUUAAAGUACCCGUUUCUGUACCAGUAGAAGAGGAAAAGGACGUGGACGAGGUUAAAUAUCACGAUUGAAAGCGACGAAUGUGAAUAGCGAACGUUAGAGUAAUUUUGUUUUGUCAGGGCGUCUCUUAAUGCGAAAUUUGGAGUCAAUGGUAAUUGUUGAGUGGCUCUCUCCGUUUAUUAUUGUGCGUACAAGUACCGUAAGUGGAAUCGAAGGCGUUUCGCUGUUUAGAGUUAUUAGAGUUAUGUAGGAGUUAGAUUGUGGAUUUGUACUCAUUUGUAGGAAAUGUAAACGUAUAUUAUAUGUAAAAAUAUAUAAAAUAUCUAAAGUGUAGGCUCCUAAAGUGAGAGAAGGAGGGUCAGAAGGAAAUUAAUUUCUGUUUAGGUUCUCUAUCUUCUAUUUAUAGCCACAAGGAUAUGAAAUUGUAGAAAUAUUCGCAGUUUAACCAGUAUUAGCAAUUUCAGAGGAAUUUCAGGAGAAUUGGUUUUAUUAAAAAGAAUUCAAAGGUAGCGAAUUUCAAAAUUUCUAUGUCAUCGAUUAUUAAACUUGAACUGCAACCUACAUUCCGUGGAAUGCAUUUUCUGGUUCUGCAUUGGCGUAUCGACAGAAUAGUUUCUACCGUAGUACAUGCGCAUUGAUGCCAUUAGUAAUUAUCGCUCUUUAAAUAAUUUCUAUUUAUGUAACAGAAAUAUCGAUAUUACGAUUCUUAGUUAAUUUAUUUCUAUAAGUUUCCAAUAAGAUAACGUUCGAAUAUAAACUUGCAAACAUGUAUAAGGGCCGAAAACAACAUUCGAAUAAUUUAGAUAAAAGAUACGAUGUAUUUUUUACAUAAAUGCAACGAAAUCCAAGAUAUUGAUUUCCUUCCGGUCACGUUUGCCUUCGUUCCGAUUAACUGCAUUGAUGUUCCUUGUUGAUUCGUAUGGAACUUCCACGACAUAACUUCCGACCAUGAUCGACACUUUCCUCGUAACUAAUAAUAACGUCAAUAAUAAUCGACAGAAAAUUACACGAUUCUAACAUGAUUAAAAUAAACGUAAUAAUCGACCAAAGAAUAAUCGUAAUCUCUUCUAUUUACUCGCAAAAUGUUUUUCAAAUUUCAUUCCCAGGAAGAAGCUUCGAAAUUAUGUGAUUUUUAUUUAAGAAAAUUUAAUAUCGCUAUACGUACCAUAACAUGAUAAUUGUAAUCGUAGUGCGCUCGUCACAAUUUCAGUAAUUCAAUUCGGGGACAACAGAAUCAAGUUUCGUGACUUUCGUCCAAACUUUCUACGUUUCCUGUUUAGCUAAGAAUCUGUUUGAUUGGAAAAUUUUUCAACGUAAGACACGCAAAGUUGCGAACCAGAGAAUAUAUUUAAUCUGAUUGUCGAGCUAGAGGAAGAAAGCGGCGCGAUUUAAAAUGGCAAGAUCGCCACGAAGAACUUUUAUACCGGUUUUCGUUUCACUUGUUCCAGACACGAGAAACUCAAUGGCUCGUGUGAUCGAUGAAGAUCUACGGUAAGAAAGAAACCUAAGGAUGCGAGGAGGCUGACUGAGCGUACAAAUGGAAUAUUACGGAAGGGACGACUAAU